UAUCUUUACGAUCGAUUCGUGCAUGCCCUGUCUGGCCGCGCCGGCAAAAAACGGUUUGGCAACGUGGCACGUGAAUAAAGUGAGUUCGCGACGACGACGUCGACGACGACGACGACGGCGACGUUGGUGAAGAGAGGAGACGGAACGAGAAAAAACGAAGGAAAGAAGAACGGCCGAUCCGACAGCAUCGUCGUCGAGCUUCUUCAUCUUGACACACCGCACGGAACCUUCGAUCGCGAGUCGGCGACGAGUCGCUGAACAGGAGGGAGGUGUGUGUGUCUGUCUGUGCGCGUGCGAGGAAGGGAGAGGGAGAGAGGCUGCUGCCACAGCCGCCGUCCGUCUGCGUGUGCGCUCGAGAGGUUAGAAACGCCACAAGGGGGAACAUGGAUCUGCUUUGCUGCGAGACCACAGAGACAGAAUGCAGAGCCUACGCUGAUCCCGCUUUAUUUGGUGACGACCGUGUGCUGCAGAACCUGCUGAAAACCGAGGAGAGAUACGCGCCGAGCAGUUCUUACUUUGAGUGUGUGCAGAGGGACAUCUCGCCGCUCAUGCGCAAAAUCGUCGCGGAGUGGAUGUUAGAGGUAUGCGAGGAGCAGAAGUGCCAGGAGGAGGUCUUUCCCCUCUCGAUGAACUACGUCGACAGGUUCCUCUCGAUCUGCCCGAUCAGGAAGUCGCAGCUGCAGCUGCUAGGAACCGCCUGCCUGCUUCUCGCCUCGAAACUGCGAGAACCGUCCCCGCUCGCCGCGGAGGUGCUCGUUUUCCACACGGACAACUCCAUCACCCUGGAUGACUUAUGGAGGUGGGAACAGCUGGUAGUUUCGAAGCUGAAAUGGGAAUUAUCCGCGGUGACGCCCGGUGACUUCCUGAUGCACAUCUUGAGCAGACUGCCAAUGCCACGUACCUGGGACCCGGUGAUGGUCAGGAGGCACGCGCAGACCUUCAUCGCCCUCAGUGCCAGAGAGUACAAAUUCUCGAUGUACACGCCGAGCAUGAUCGCGGCUGCGAGCGUAGCGGCGGCCCUCCACGGUCUCGAUUGGACUGGGAAAAGCGGUUACGGGCUGGCCGGUCUCCUCGACGAGCUUACUCGCAUCACGGCUAUCGAACAGGACUACCUUCAAGGCUGCCUGGAGCAGAUCGAGGAGAUGGUGUCGCAGGCGCACGUGGGCGCGGACGGGGGUAACGGUCGCCAGGUGAUGACCGGCGGUUCCGUGACGGGGGGCACCCAGAGGCCUCUGGGGGACGAGAUGACCAGCCAGGAGAAGAUCCUGGAACACGAGAAGGCGGGCACGCCGACCGACGUGAGGGACGUCCAUUUUUGAGAGACGCCGCUGAGGGAAACUCUGGCCAGGGUGACUCUCUGCUGAGCCUAGAGGCCGUGGACGAACGUUUAGCCAGCAGCGACGACGACGCUGAUGGGACAACCGCGGCCACGAAGAGGACGAAGCUAAACGAAGGUGUAGAAGAACGAGGAGAAAGCUGAAGAAA